ACCACUUAACCACCAUGUUCCUCCGCAGGCGUUCGCCGCCGGCCGCGGGCGUUCCAGGAAGCCCGUCCGCGGCUCUCGCGCAGCAGGGCAGCCUCCUUAUAUAUAUCUCUGUAUCCUCGUCUCUCGCGCAGCAGCAGCAGAUCGACCGAGCCAUCAGCCAUGGCAGAGGGGCAGGAGGUGCCGAACAAGCAGGUGGUGCUGAAGCGCUACGUGACGGGGUUUCCCACGGAGGACGACAUGGAGGUGGUAGCCGGCAUCGCGCGGCUCGCCGUGCCGCCGGGAACGCCGGGCCUCGUGCUCAAGAACCUCUACCUCUCCUGCGACCCCUACAUGCGCGGCCGCAUGACCAAGCACGACCCGCCCAGCUACGUCGCGGACUUCGUCCCCGGCGAGGUUCUGGAGAACUUUGGUGUAAGCAAGGUGAUAGCAUCUGGGCACCCGGACUUCGAGGUUGGCGAUCUUGUGUGGGGAGUGACUGGGUGGGAGGAGUACAGUUUCGCCCCAAAGCCAGAGUCGUUCUUCAAGAUCAAUCAUCCUGAUUUGCCUCUGUCGUACUACACCGGUAUUCUUGGUAUGACUGGCCUUACUGCAUGGGCUGCAUUCUUCGAUGUGGGCAAGCCUAAGAAAGGCGACUAUGUCUUCGUCUCGGCCGCAUCGGGCGCGGUUGGGCAGCUUGCUAAGCUCACAGGCUGCUAUGUGGUAGGCAGUGUUGGUUCUGACGAGAAGGUUAAUCUUCUGAAAACCAAGUUUGGGUUCGACGAUGCUUUCAACUACAAAAAGGAGCCGGACCUUGAUGCAGCCUUAAAGAGAUACUUCCCCGAGGGCAUUGACAUCUACUUCGAGAAUGUGGGAGGUCAAAUGCUCGAUGCCGUGCUGCUCAAUAUGCGCAAGCACGGGCGGAUCCCCGUGGUGGGGAUGAUCUCACAAUACAACUUGAAGAAGCCAGAGGGUUUGAGCAAUGCGAUAAUGAUCCUCGCCAAACAAUUGCUCGUGGAGGGGUUUUUGGUGUUUGACCACUUUGUCAAGUACCGCAAGUUUGAGGAAGAGAUGGUUGGGUUUAUAAAGGAGGGCAAGAUCAGCUGCGUCGAGGACAUUGCUGAUGGUCUUGAGAAGGCGCCGGCAGCGCUCAUCGGUCUCUUCUCUGGGAAGAACAUUGGCAAGCAGCUAGUUGUCGUUGCCAGAGAGUGAGCCCAGGGAUUGGGUUUUGUUCUGCAGAAAUGAAUCAUGUGGAGGCUCUUGUAUAUUCACGAAAAUAAUUGCUCCAGCCACGUGUUGCGUUACUUGUUUUCUUGCGCCUUCGAUGGUUGUACCUUCGGUGUGCAUCCAAUCUGGUUCUGAUAAAAUGCUUUGGAUUAUCAUU